GAGAUAACUAAUUUAUUAACUUAAAUGGAGACUAAAUUCAUAUACAACUCUCAUAGCUUAAACCAACAGGUUAAUUCUGCCUUUCCUGAAGAGACUUCUAAGCCAAAAGGGACAAGAAGACUCAGGAAGAAGACCUAUGAGAAAAUCAAUGAUGAAAUCAGGAAGGAAAUCAUUUUAAGAGUCACCCUUCAGGGUCAAAAGUUAAAAACUGUUUGCGAACAACUUAAUAUUAAUGUUUCAAGUGCCAAGAACGUCUUGGCCAUCUACAAGAAGGAAGGAAGAAUUGAGAAGAAGAAAUACAGAGUCAAGAGAAAGAAGAACACUGAGGUAGCUGAAGCUACCUCAGUGAAGCAGACCUGCUCAAGCCAGUCAUCAGGUUUAGAGGUCAAUGAAUUAAUUUCGUCACUCGGAAACGCUCAUACCCAAAAUUUCCAGAUGAAUUUCCAGGCAGAUCUUGGGCUAACCAGUCAAAAUCUGAAUUUAAUCUUGGACAACUAUUGCUUCUGUGACCUAAAUAGCCCAAUGCAGAGCUUGCAAAAGAGUGCUCCAGAGCAGUACUUCGCCCCAUUCGGGCAGAUGGUGCCCUUCUAGAUACUAUUAAGGUAGCUUGCCAACUAAGAUCUGGAGUCGGUGCUUCUUAGUUGG